GGUUAAGUCAAACUUUCAACUUGAGUUUCGAAUUUAAAAUGAAGUUAUUAUAUAUUCUAGCAGUUUUGUGGUUUUCGUUACACAAGAAUAAUGCUCAAAGUGGUAAUCCCUUUUCUCCAUCAAAUUUUUUCGAUUCAAUUGGUACUAUUAUUGGCGGACUUGGUGAAGAAAUUCCACAAAUAAUACCAACUCCACAGGAAUUGUUCAAUCAGUCGUUAAAUAUAUUAGUAGGUUUACCCGAGAAAGCCGUAUUCCAGACCAUUAAUCGUUUGUGUUCUGUUUAUUUGGCAUCUGGCACUAUUAAUCCUAAAAUAACACCCAAUAUGGAUUUAAUAACUUUACGUUUGCGUACACCCUGUAAAGAGACGAGUUUUUCUCUAACCCAAGCUGAGGAUAUUUUAGAAAGUCCUGACUUUGAUAUUAAUAAAAAAGUAGCUUUGUUUGUACAUGGUUGGAGGGCUAGUACGGAUAAUGAUUAUAUUAACGAUAUGGCAAAUGCCUUUCAUUGCAGAGGAGAUUAUAAUUUUUUGGCCUUAAACACCUCAGAAGCUAUAAGUACCCUAUACACCUGGUCUGCUUACAACACUGAAGAAGUUGGUCGCCAAACGGCUAAAGCUCUGGCGAAACUUAUUGAAAAAGUACCAGUUGAAAAUAUACACAUAAUUGGCCAUAGUUUAGGUGCUCAUAUUGUAGGCUAUACUGGCCGUUAUUUUACCUAUGAGACGGGUUUAAAUUUGACACGUAUUACGGCUUUAGAUCCCGCCAAUCCCUGUUUCAAUGAGGGCGAAUCUUUAUCAGGCAUACAACGUGGUGAUGCCGAUUUUAUCGACGUUAUUCAUACAAAUCCUGGUGUAUUGGGUAAAUUGGAUCCUGUUGGUGAUGCUGACUUUUAUGCUGGAGGCUUGGCUCCUAUUAAGCCAGGUUGCUUCGUUUUUUCUUGUUCUCAUGGUCGUGCUGUUCAAUUUUUCACUGAAUCCGUCUAUCCUGGUAAUGAGCGAAACUUUUUGGGUGUUCGUUGCACCUCAUUGUCUAAAUUGAAUGAUGGCUUUUGUCCUGGUUCUGAAUUUCCAAUGGGUUUAGAUGUUCCUCUUGACUUAAAAGGUAAUUACUUUUUGUCUGUUAAUGCUGAUAAACCCUAUGGUCAAAAUAAUAACGGUCGUCCGGCUGUACCAAGCCAAUGUUUGGAUUUGUCUCAUGUAUUGUACGAAAUACCGCCACUUCGGUUUUUUUAUGACAAUAUGAAAUCAUUUUUGUUUUUAAGUGUUUUAAUUUUCCUAAAUACCUUCAAUUCUAUUGAAGGUAUUGACUUGGGUUUGAAAAAUAUUGUGAGUUCGGCGAAAGAUGUUACUGCUGGUGUGGCUAAAGAUUUAACAAAUAAAUUGCCCACGGCAAAGGGUCUUUUUGAGACAAGCAAACAAAUGGUUGCCGGUUAUCCAUUUGAGUUUGUAUCGACUUCAAUUAAUAAAAUGUGUUCCUCUGCCCUAUCAUCGCAAGCUGUAACUCCGAAAUAUUUGCCCGACAUCAAUAAAAUGCACUUCCAAUUGAGAACAGCUUGUAAUCGUUACAAUUAUCCUCUACUAAAGGCAAAUGAUAUGUGGACUAGUAAGGAAUUUAAUCCUAAAAAUAAGGUAGUAUUAUUAGUCACCGGUUGGACAACCUCGGUAGAUGAUGAUGAAACCAUUGCCCUCUUCGCUAAGGCCUAUAGUUGUCGUGGUGGUGUAAACUUUGUGGCUCUCGAUGCUGCCGGUUUCAUUGAGACUCUUUACUCGUGGUCGGCUUUUAACACCGAAGCCUUGGGCAUGCAUAUUGCUGAUGGCUUGAAGCAGUUAGCUGAGAUAGUACCUGUAGAGAAUAUACAUUUAAUAGGUCAUAGUUUGGGUGCUCAUAUAGUGGGUGCUGCUGGUCGUCAUUUUGAAUUGAAAACCAAAAAGACCAUACCACGUAUUACCGGCUUAGAUCCUGCCAAGCCAUGCUUUAAUGAAGGUGAAGCUUUGUCGGGUUUGCUAAGAGGUGAUGCUGAUUUUAUAGAUAUUAUACACACCAAUUCUGGCGUUUUGGGUAAACGUGAUCCUUUGGGUGAUAUUGAUUUCUAUCCCGGUGGCUUAGAUCCUUUACCACCCGGCUGUGUGGGUAUAUCUUGUGCUCAUGCCAGAGCUUGGGUCUACUAUGCUGAAACUAUUUAUCCUGGUAACGAGAAAAAUUUCAUGGGUACCCGUUGCAGCUCUCUAACACGUUUGCGUGAGGGUAAAUGCCCCGGCAAGGAGGUGCCUAUGGGUUAUGCUGUGCCCACCGAUGCUAAGGGUAACUAUUUUAUGGAAGUACGUGCUAAUGCUCCUUACGGCAUGAACGGCAAUAAACAUGAUCUAUUGAAAUAUGAGAAAUGUGGUGCCUGUGAGGAGACUGAGAAAAAGACUAGAUCUGAAUAAUUAAAUUUACUUGGACGUUAUUUUUCCCCCUCCUAGGAGGCAAUUUUUGAUUGAUUGUAUUUCAUGAUUAUUUAUUUUUUUGUGUUUGUCUAAAAAUGUUAAUGUGUGUUUUUUUUAAUUAUUUUUAUUGUUCUAAAAUCGAAAUUAUGUGUAUACUUUUUUGAGGAUUUAAAUUAUGAUUAAAUUGAUAAACUUUAAACUUGUUUGUGAUUUGAAAUAAAAACUAUUUUAUGUCUUGUGUUAAUUUAUAAAAACUAAAAAAACACUUAAUUGUUUUAAU